AUGAAAUCGAAUUCUGUGACGUACUCUAGUCUUGGUGCUGCGAGAUGUAUCGCUCUGGCUACGUGCCUUGCCGGCGCUUUAGCUUACAGCAAUGGCUCAGUUGAUCCUAUCAGUUUGACUAUUUCAAGUGAGGGUGGAAACAAGUCAAGCCCUCUGUUAUAUGGAAUCAUGUUCGAGGAAAUGGACCAUUCUGGUGACGGUGGAAUCCACGGACAAUUACUACAGAACAAUGGCUUUCAAGGAACCAGCCUAAGUCUCACUUCUUAUGCGCCGGUAGGCAAUGUGAUAAUUUCACAGGAUUCGUCAAAGCCCGUGAGCAAAGCGAUUACGUCUUCUCUCAACGUCGAAGUACCCGAUGGAGUCACAGAGUAUGUUGGGUUUGCAAAUACUGGCUACAAUGGGAUUCCCGUUACAAGUGCCACAUACAAUAGCUCCUUCUGGAUGAUGGGCAAUUACUCAGGAACGAUUAAUUUGCAGCUUGUCGGCACAAUGAGUGGUAAAAUAUAUGCGGAUCACAACUUGACUGUCAAGAGCACGGAAUCAAAAUUUACUGAAUUCAAGACCACAUUCAACACAACCUACUCUCCAGAUGGGUACAAUGAGUGGCAUUUGACGUUCGAUGGGUCGAAAGUGGGUGGCAGCUCACUCAACUUUGGCUACAUCCAGUUGUUCCCGCCGACAUUCAAAGGACGAGAGAAUGGUUUACGAGAUGAUCUUGCUUCAUUCCUAGACGAGGCCAACCCAGCAUUCCUCCGUUUCCCGGGUGGUAACAACCUCGAAGGAUUGGAGGUUGAUACCCGCUGGAAAUGGAACACCACAAUUGGGCCUGUGGUAGAUCGACCGGGGAGAGAAAGCGAUUGGUUUUACCCCAACACAGAUGCUCUUGGCCUGGAUGAGUAUUUAUGGUGGUGUGAGGAUAUGAAUAUGGCACCUCUUCUGGCUCUCUGGGCAGGCAAGUCAUAUGGCGAUAUUUUAUCAGGACCAGACCUCGAACCUUUCAUUGAGGAUAUCAUGAAUGAGAUGGAAUAUCUCUUUGGAGAUGAUUCGACACACUAUGGGAACCUGCGAGCGCAGAACGGCCGAAAGAAGCCAUGGAAGGUCGACCUUAUUGAAAUUGGCAAUGAAGACGACCUCACUGGCGGCUGUGAGAGCUAUCCAGACCGAUUCAACCAAAUCUACAAGGCGAUUCGCGACAAAUACCCGGACAUCAGUUUCAUUGCUUCUAAUGGAGAUUACAAGUGUCUGCCAUCACCACUCCCCGAAAAUGUUAUCAUUGACCUACACCUCUACCGAAAGCCCGAUGAUUUCGUGAAGUUGUUCAACCAGUUUGACAACCAGCCACGGAACCAAUCUGUGAUGAUCGGCGAGUUUGGAUGUCGGAAUACAACAAGUCCCGAUGGAGACUAUUGGCCAUUUAUGCAAGGCAGCUGCAGCGAAGCUGUAUAUAUGAUUGGAAUGGAGCGGAACAGUGAUGUUGUCAAGAUGGCGGCUUAUGCGCCUCUGUUACAGCACUUUGACUUCGCGUCAUGGUCGCCAACAUUAUAUGGGUUCAACAAUACCCCAAACUCCAUCACCCCUUCGACCUCGUACUUCGUUACAAAGAUGUUCGCAUCUAACAAAGGCGACACAAUUCUCUCAGUUGAGUCAUCGGCGGAAUUUGGACCGGUUUAUUGGGUGGCUUCAAAGACAGACUCGCAGUACUAUUUGAAACUGGCGAACUAUGGAACUGAAGAGCAGACUGUGAAAGUGAGUAUACCAGGCACAAAAACCGGUAAGCUGGAGGUCCUCGCGGCUCCUCAGUACCAGGGAGAUACGCCAUUCAACGCCCAAGUACAAACUGUCACCACCAGUAUCUUCAAUUCCCAAGGAAAUUAUUCGAUAGUCAUGGAUCCUUGGGCUGUUGCUGUCUUGGCGGUCUCCUAA